AUGAGUAGCCCUCGCCGCAGAAUAGAGACAGAUGUCAUGAAGCUCAUGAGCGACUACGAAGUCACACUUGUGAAUGACAAUACAACUCGCAGCGAUUUCCUGACCGAUACUCUCAGGCAAGAGUUCUAUGUUAGGUUCAAAGGACCUGAAGAAACUCCAUUCGAAGGUGGAACAUGGAAGGUCCAUGUCGAGCUGCCCGACACGUACCCUUACAAGUCUCCAAGCAUUGGCUUUGUCAAUCGCAUCUUUCACCCUAACAUUGAUGAGUUCUUCAGGUCUGGCUCAGUGUGCUUGGAUGUCAUUAACCAAACCUGGUCACCCAUGUUCGACAUGAUCAACAUUUUCGAGGUCUUCCUCCCUCAACUCCUUCGAUAUCCCAACCCGACCGAUCCUCUCAACGGAGAAGCAGCAGCUUUGCUUAUAAGGGAACCCAAGAGCUACGAUGCAAAGGUCAAAGAAUAUGUCCAGAAAUACGCCUCUAAGGAAGCCGCGGACGAAGCCGGAGCUGAGAGCGAAGAUGACGACGAGCUAUCUUCAGUCGCUAGUUUUGGAGACGAAGAUGACGAGCCCGCGGGCCAGAUGGAUGAUGUAUAA